CCAUUUGAGUUUUGAAGUUUCGAGUUUUCGAGUUUUGAGUUUUCGAGAGGCACUUGCUCACGUCCAUGGCUGUUGGUCCCUGGCGGCUUUCCUCAGCCAAGCUUUCCUGGUGUUCCUUUCGUUGCCUUUGCAGUGCUUGGCUGGUAGUGUUCUUUGGAACAGAAGCCUUUUUUGUUCCCCGUGUUCUGUAUUGACACACGUACGGAUUGUGUUUGUUUUCGUAGACAGUAGGAAGAUCCACUAGCUUUCGGUCAGCCAACGCAAAGCUUUAUUUCUAGUUCUUCUGCACCACUAUUCUACAAACCAUAUUACUAUAUUUCUCUUCUCUUCCCCUCGCGCAAAACGUGGCAUCAUGACGUCAGGCUCACUGCAAACGCUCCUACAACUGCAGACAGCAGCUACAGAUCCACCAACGAACACCUCUUCUGAACUCCCCUCCAUAGAAAAUGCAGUCAACAACCCUACUUCUGCUCUAGAUAAUGCCGAUGUCUCGGAACCCGUUACGAGCAACGGCGUGAACAACGCUACUCCUGCGAACGACCCUACUCUUGCGAACGACCCUACCUCCGCUUCCCACUCCGCCCAUGUCGCAAAGCAGUCGGUUGACGGCAACGGCGCGAGCGAACCUAAUGGCCGCGAAGAGCCGAAGAGUGGGUCGGGACAAGCAGGAACGUCGGAGGUGGAUGGCCAGAAGGGCAGGGAACCACCGCUCUCGCAGACGCUCGCUCCAGGCGGAGGCGGAGCGGAAGGUGGAGGGGGAGGCGGAGGCGGAGGCGGAGGCCCAAGUGUUGCGGAAGCUGCGCCAUCUGAUGGCGGAGAGAAGUUAUCCGCGGAGGCUCCGCAGUCUGCACCAUUUUCCGCGGAACCUCAGCGGAAGGAUAUGAUGCAAAUGUUUCAGGAACAGACUGCUUCCGUCCUCCUGGAUCCUAUGGAAGCUGCUUUUGACGAGGAUGGCCUUGCCGAGGAUGACGCGGACCUUGACGGAGACCUUGAAGGUGGCUGUGACGGGGAAGGCAACGGUGACGGUGACGGCGAAGGCAACGGUGACGGUGACGGCGAAGGCAACGGUGAUGGUGACGGGGCCGGAGACGGAGACGGAGACGGAGACGGAGACGGAGACGGAGUCGGAGACGGAGGCGAAGACGGUGACGAUGACGGCGACGCCGGCGACCGCGACGACGACGUUAUCGGUGCCGGUGCUGGUGAUGGCGACGGCAAGGAGCUUCCGCCAACGUUAGCUCCCUCUGCGGCGGACCUUCCGCUCAGGAGAAAGCGCGGGCGGCCGAAGAAGAUUCGCGGAGCGGAGGCACCCGGCGCGGGUGCGUUCCCUCUGCUGAUGGGGGACGCGCUUGGCGCGCGGCCGCUCAAACGGCGCGCUUUCGCGGAGGCGGACGCCGUGCGCGUGGGGAUGGCGUUUCUGGAGCGGCAGAAGAAACCGCGCGCGGAGCGAGACGCGGGGGGGUUACCGCACGGAUCGGCGCAAGGCUUGGCGCACGGAAUAGCGCAGGAUCGCCCGCAUCCUCAUAAAACCCACCCACGGUUCGGUCUCCCGCCGCAGCAGCAGCAACAGCAGCAGCAGCAGCAACAGCAGCAGCAGCAGCAGCAUCAGCCGCAUCCGCAGCAGCAGCUGUCGCUGCCGUUAGAUCCGCUGUUCGGCCGCUUUGGGCGGCGCCCCCAAGGGGAGAGCAAGUUCAUGCCGGAUUGGGCGGCGAACUUUGCAGCGGAGAUGGGCAUUAGCGCGCGCCCCAAGCCCCUGCGAUUCGGGGAGGAGCAGUUUGAUGAGAUGAAGGAGGAGGAAGAGGAGGAGGACGAGGAGGAAGACGGGGGGGUUAGGGGUGGAUGGGGGGGAGAGGGCUUGCGGAACUUGCGGGGAAGGCGGCCGGCGGGGGCGGGCUUCCGUGGUGUUGCGGGAUUGGGUGGUUUUGGCGGUGCCGACGUGGAGGGGAAGCGGAAGCGGAAGGGACGACGGCGGUUCCAGCUUUCGCGGGAUGAGGAUGAUGACGUGGUGGAGGUGAAAAAUGACGUGUUAAUUUUUCCCGGUGUCAACGGCGGGGGAUUAAACGGCGAUCGUAGGCGGCGGCGUGAGAUGCGGCGGGGGUUGCAGCGUGGAAUGCGGGGGCAUAAGGAGAGCCUUCGAGGUUCGUUGAAAAAGGUCAGGAGGAAGGGCCUUGAGAAGGUGAUUAAGAACAAGAUUGGGAUUGAGGGGGGAGGUUCGGAGACAGGGGGUGAAGGGGAGGGGGAGGACGGGGAUAAGAUCCGCCUAACCGACAGCAUGCCCGCGCCUUUAUUUCCGGGCAGCUUCGGCAGCGGCGGGAAGAAAGGGCAGCUGCCGUCCGGCAUUCUCGGGGGGGAUCUAUGGGCGGAAGAAGAGGAGGAAGAUGAGGGGGAGGGGGAGGAGGAGAGGGAGGAGGGGGGCGGGGACUGGGCGCACCAGUUGCGCCUGGAGCAGGAGUUUCUGCGCGGGAAGGCGCAGGAUAGGGAGCGGGAGCGGGAGAGGCGGCGGGGAAUGCAGAAGGACAAGGCGGGGGAGAAGGAGCGCGCGCGGAAGCUGCAGGGGGAGGGGGAGGGGAUCGACACGCAGGGGGGGGAGGGGACCGGCGGGCUCGUGCUCGGGGCGAAAGGGGAGGGGGAAGGGGAAGGCGAAGGCGGCACUGCCUCUGGCGCAGACGACCAGGAGCGGGCGCAAGCGCUGGAAAAGGAGCGGGCGGAAGGGGAGCGCGCGGAGGGCGCGCGCGCGGAGAGGGAACGCGCGGAGAGAGAACGGAUGGCGCGGGAGAGGGCGGAAAGGGAGAGGGCGGAGCGGGAGCGGGUGGACAGGGAACGGCUGAGGAGUCAGCAGAAGCUUCUAGAAGAGGCUAUAGUGGAGAUGAAGCGGAUGAGGGGCGAGCAGAUCGAGAUGGGCAGGGAGCUGAGGCGCGCGCGGAAUACCAAGGAGGCGGCGAAGCAGGCGUUUGGGGAUUUGAAGAAGCAGGUUGUAGCGCAGGAGCACAUGCUGGCCCAGGCGCGCUUACAACUCUCUCUCCUGGAGGGUGUGAACAAGGCGCAGACGGAGGAGAUCUCGCGCCUCUGGAUGGCCGCCACUCAGAACCAGCCGGGACUCGCCCCAAUCAACGGCCUUGCCGCCCCCCCUGGCAUGGUCAUGGGGUCGGACACGCGCUUCCUUGCCGCUGCUAGUGUUGCUGCUGGUGGGGCAAGGGGAGAGGGUAAUGCUGCUGUUCGUGCUGCUGGCGGCGCUGGCCGUGGGGGGGAAGGUGGCGGGGUUGGGACUGGCGAGGAUGCAGAUGGGGGUUCUUCCUUACUUGGCCAGCAGCAGCAGCAGCAGUUAAUGCCACUGCACGAGCAGCAGCGGCUGCAGCAGCAGCUGCAGCAGCAGAAGCAGCAGUUGCAGCAGCAGGGCGAAACCCUAACGGCGCAAGCAAUCGCAGCAGAUAUGGAGCUAAGUGCCACAAAGCUACAGACAGCCAUGAAAGAGCGACCCGUGCGCACUCUCCUGCAGAUCGCAUGGAGCCCGGCCAACAACAUCGGCGCUUUAGCUAAGGUGAAAUUUAAGGAGGCGAACGGAGCGAUGGUGGUGGGUCACCCGGGAGACAUGAAGUGGGAAGACGUGCUGAGAGCGUUAGAAGAGUAUAUCCGGUUGGGAUCGCUGGAAUUUGCUAAGUACCAGCUGAUGUUUGGCUUUAAGGAGAAGGCAGUGUACCGAGCCCGAAGCAGGCUGCAGGACGGGCGUACCCAAGCCACGCUCCUAGCUGCGGCACACGAGGAGGCUCGGCAGCAGCUGAUGGAGGGGACCCUGGAGUUUGAGGCGCACGCGCUGGCGUCGUCCGUCGCUGCGAGCGUGGGGAAGCUUCUGGGAACCGUGGAGGACGAGAAGCAUGAGGACGAGGACGAGGAGGCGGCGGUGCACUCGCUGAUCGCAUCGGCGGCGGCCAAUGCGGAGAACGCGGCGAGGGAGGCAGAGAGAGAGGUGAUCCAGGCGCAAGCGAAUGCUGCUGGGGGUCUCCCCCCUAUCUCCGACCCUGCCGCUGGUGCUGCUGGUGGGUUGGUGCUGGUGCCGGUGCUGCCGGUGCUGCUGGUGCUGCUGGUGGUGCUGGCAGUGUUGGUAUGGGUGCUGGUGCGGGUAUUGAUCCUCUAGACGCUGGCGACCUGGGAGCAGGAGGGGAGGGAGACGGCUUGAUACGGAGAAAGCCAGGGAGGCCGAGGGGAGGAGGAGCAGCGCUGGCGAUUGGAAACGGGGAUCUUCCUGCGCUCUCUCGAGUGCGGGUGCCCAAGGUUCCCACCCUCCCUGCUUCCGCGCAGCAGGCGGCUGGGGACGGGAAGAAGAAGAAGAAGAGGAAUCGGG